AAAGAAAAAAGAAAAAAAGAAAAAGAAAAGGAAAAAGGAGAGAGAGGGAAUCCAGUUUCAAUAACUGAAGGUCAAACAAAAACAACAGCCUCGCCUAUAAAUAGGGAGAGAAGGCCAGGAACUCCAGUUCAGUAUACACGCCUUUCUUUCCCUCCUCUGCUCAUCCCCUCCCCAGAUCUCCAGCCCCAGGAGCUCCGGAGGGUUCCCAAUGGCGGUGAAGGUCUAUGUCGUGUACUACUCUAUGUAUGGACAUGUUGCUAAACUAGCUGAAGAGAUCAAGAAGGGUGCUUCAUCUAUUGAAGGUGUUGAGGCUAAAAUAUGGCAGGUUCCUGAAACUCUCCAUGAGGAAGUACUUGGAAAGAUGGGCGCGCCUCCUAAGCCAGAUGUGCCAACGAUCACACCACAAGAACUUACUGAGGCUGAUGGAAUCCUGUUUGGGUUCCCUACAAGGUUUGGCAUGAUGGCUGCGCAGAUGAAAGCAUUCUUUGAUGCAACCGGUGGCCUGUGGAGUGAGCAGAGCCUUGCAGGCAAGCCCGCCGGCAUCUUCUUCAGCACUGGUACCCAGGGCGGUGGUCAGGAGACUACACCGUUGACAGCAAUAACUCAGUUGACUCACCACGGCAUGGUGUUCGUCCCGGUCGGGUACACCUUCGGUGCCAAGAUGUUUAACAUGGGAGAAGUUCAGGGGGGCAGCCCGUACGGCGCCGGCACCUUUGCCGCCGACGGCUCGAGGUGGCCGACGGAAAUGGAGCUGGAGCACGCCUUCCACCAGGGGAAGUACUUCGCAGGCAUCGCGAAGAAGCUCAAGGGGUCCGCUUGAGAUCUCCAUUGGGCAAAUUCAAUUGGGCGUGUGCGUGUCCCUACGCACAACAUCGUGAGGCAUUUCAUACAGCUCCAAACCAUACCGACAUACAGUCAAUAGCUUGGUCUCUUCUUUUGUGGUGUUUCUCGAUGCUAUGUGGCUUCUCCCUGGAACUUCUCAUUGCCGUACGCAUGAUAUGAUUCUGUUCUACGCUUUGGUCAGCUGGUUGUAAUUUGGAGUAAGUUCUGUUAUUGUAUUAUUGGUUCCCCCAUGAUAUAUAUUGAUUAUUGUACGGGGAGAUCUCUUGGUUGCCAUUC